AAUACACGUAAAUAAAAUUUCUCAGAGAGAAAUACUGAAAAUUUCCUUAAGAAUAUAUCUCUUAUCAAAAAGAAACAGUCACUAUAAAGGCUAAUCUUGUGUUUCCUGGGACGCAACGAAUCCCAGUAGUGACGCAAACGAACACAGAAAUGUAAUUUUCCCGAGCCUAUAUACCCAACCAUAAGCGAAGCAAAAGUGAGGAAGAGGAGAAGAAGAAGAAGAAGGGCAGUGUAAAAGUGAUGGUGCGGAUAAAAGUGACCGGCGCUUUGGCUGAUGCUACAGUUUCUCAUCGAGUUCGACGCAAGUUACAUUGAUUAGAACGAUCGGUCUUUCAAAGUUCUACGUUAACGAGUUAUUGUGAGUUUCUUAAGAAUUUUUCCGAAAAUAUCUAAAAAAAAAAAAAAAAAAAAGAACAAAACAAAAAAACGAUACUAUUAAAAAAAGAAACAAAUUUUCUGAUUGCUGACAUUAUAUGUUUGUACGUAUAUACAUAAAACGCAAUAUUAAAAAAAAUGCAUUCCAGUAAUUGGAUUUUAUCAUGAAUAUCGACGAGUUUCAAGUAUGCGGCAAGGAGAUGGUGGAGUAUAUAUCCGAGUAUUUACGUACUUUAGAAGGUAAAAGAGUGACUGCAAAUGUGGAUCCAGGAUACCUGCGACCCCUCUUACCAAACGAAGCACCAGCAAAACCCGAAUCAUGGGAUGCUAUUAUGAAAGAUAUCGAUGGAAAAAUAAUGCCUGGAAUCACACAUUGGCAACAUCCAAGAUUUCAUGCUUAUUUUCCGUCAGGCAAUUCCUUCCCAUCGAUCUUAGCAGACAUGUUAUCAGAUGCAAUAGGUUGCAUUGGUUUUUCUUGGGCUGCUAGUCCUGCUUGUACAGAAUUGGAAACUAUUGUUUUAGAUUGGUAUGCAAAAGCUAUUGACCUACCAAGAGAAUUUCUAUCCGAAGAGAAGACUUCUAAAGGUGGUGGAGUUAUUCAAGGUUCUGCAUCAGAGUGCAUUUUAGUGACAAUGCUAGCAGCACGAACUCAAGCUAUCAGAUUAUUGAAGGAACAGGAACCAGAUACCGAAGAUUCUGCUUUCUUGCCAAGAUUGGUUGCUUAUUGCUCAACUGAAGCUCAUUCAUGCGUGGAGAAGGCAGCAAUGAUCAGUUUGGUUAAAUUAAGAGUACUCCAGCCGGAUGAUAAAGCUUCUCUUCGUGGUAAAAGACUAGAAUCAGCGAUUAAAGAAGAUGUGGCUAAUGGUUUGGUACCUUUUUUUGUAUCCACAACAUUAGGUACAACUGGAUCAUGUUCUUUUGAUAAUCUCGUUGAAAUUGGACCGGUUUGUAAGCUCUAUCCUAGUAUUUGGUUACACGUGGAUGGUGCUUACGCCGGUAAUUCUUUUAUCUGUCCAGAAAUGAGACCUUUCAUGGCUGGAAUCGAACAUGCUGAUUCCUUCAAUACAAAUCCUAAUAAAUGGUUAUUGGUUAGCUUUGAUUGUUCCUGUUUAUGGGUACGAGAUAGAGUUAAAUUAACUUCUGCUUUGGUCGUGGAUCCUCUUUAUCUUCAACAUGCUAGAUCAGGGGAAUCCAUUGAUUAUCGUCAUUGGGGUAUACCAUUGAGUAGAAGAUUCAGAGCUUUGAAACUCUGGUUUGUCAUGAGGACUUAUGGUAUUACUGGGCUACAAAAAUAUAUAAGAAAUCAUAUCAGAUUAGCAAGAAGAUUCGAAGCUCUAAUGAAGAAAGAUAGAAGAUUUGAAAUUGUGAAUGAUGUACGUGCUGGUCUGGUGUGUUUUCGUUUGAAAGAAUCUGAUGAAAUUAAUCAGGAACUCUUGGCGAAUAUCAAUGCAUCUGGAAGAUUACAUAUGAUUCCUGCUAGAGUAAUGAGUAAGUAUACCUUGAGAUUUUGUGUCACAAGAGAGAGUGCAACAGAAGAAGACAUUGACUAUGCCAUUGAAGUUAUUGAAGAACAUGCAACAGAAGUCUUAUUGGCACACUAUCAAGGUACAGAAGAUGAAUUCAGAGCUAAAGGUCCUAAGAGUCCUGCUGCGUUGGAUAAGAAACUUGUACGAAAAUUCAGCUUCACCAGAAGUGUCACCAGAGAUGUUUACAAAAGAUCUAAAUCUAAAUCAAGUCUUCAUGAUGGUGCAACACCUAUCAUGGUUGUCGAUGAUCAAGCACAAGAAGUUGAUACCAUUGAAGAAGAUGUCUUCUGUAAUAGCAGGUAGACCGCACCAGAGCUCACGGUUCCUAAGAAAAGAGAUCAAUUGUUAUCUUUACCGUGAGCUUUUAAUAAUUUUCGAGAACUAAAAUAUCAUCAGGAAUAUGAGAUUUAAAAAGUGUGUCCUAGAAAUUUUCAACGAUUAAGAUUAGACUGAUAUGUUUAUGAUCAAAAUCUAAUAAGAGUAUUGAAAAAUGUAAACAUAUGAGUGUUCGAAUAUCAAUUUUCUUAUAUAAGGAAUAAAUUAAACUUGAUAUUUCUUCGUAAAUUUAAAUAAAAACAGAAAAAUAAAACAGUUACAUAUUUAAUGCGAUAAUAUUCUAACAUUUGUAAUUAUGGAAUAUGCAUAUAUUGAUAAUAUCGAAUUAACAUAACCUAUCUGCUUGUAUUAUUAUGUAAUGUAUGUAUGUACAUUCUCGUAGUUUGUAUGUACGAACUUAGUUUUAAUUUCCUAUGUAAAACAAAUAGUUUAUAUUUGAAGAUUAUGGUGCCUAAGAAAAAGUCACGAAUUUAUUCCUUGUUUCGUACCUGGAAUUUCUUAAAUGCACCCUAUAUAUGUACAUGCAUAUAUAUAUAUAUAUAUAUAUAUAUAUAUAUAUAUAUAUAUAUGUAUAUAUAUAUCUCGAUUUAAAAUUGUAACAUUCAUGUAAUAGUUAAGAAUAUCAACCUAUUUGAGUUAUAUACAAUGACGAUUAUAUAUAUAUAUAUAUAUAUAUAUAUAUAUAUAUGUGUAUGAAUGUUGAAUAAUGAUGUGUAUAAACAGGCAAUUAACGACUGCCAUUGUAUGCAAGAAUCGCGAUAGUGUAGUAGUGUAGUAGUAGUAGUAUAUAUGCAUAUGUAUGUAUGUAUGUAUGUAUACACACAUAAACAUACACAUACACACACACGCGCGCACAUACACACAUAUACACAUAAUUGACUUUAUUUAAUAAAUUUUAUAUAAGUGGUAAGAAAUAUAUCAAAUAUAAAAAGUUAUAAGAAUGUGUUAGUUGACAGUAUGAAUGUAAAUUACUUAUUAAGGAGUUAAACAUAUUUAUAUGUAUGUUACAAAACGAGCAUUUAUUAUUUUUAAUAUUUUAAUUAUUAUUCAAAUAAUUUAUUGCGUCGA